GGCUUAAAAAAAAUGGAUCUUUGGUUAUUGACAUUCGUGACUGGCGAAAGAUCCGAUCCUGACUGACUCACUCCCAUUCCGUCCUCAAACACUUUCACGAUGGCGCCACCUCAUUCUUUCACAGCCGUCGCCUCUUUCAUCUUCCAUUAUUGGCCAGGUACCACAACUCAAGCCCUCUGAAACCAAUAGGGAAAAAAACCUCCUACUAGAAACAGAGACAACCAAAGCGACACAAUGAAAUUCUUGACUCCCCUGUUGACACUGACAUUGGCCUUGCGAUCGGCAUCCGCCUUUGCGCCACUACCCGCAUCGGCGCGAGCGGCGACGGCCACCUUUGCCACCAAGGCAAAAGCGUAUCCCAUCAUGGCCGAAGAAGACGUCAUGUCGCAAAAGGAACACGGCACCAGUGCGCAACCCGUGCAAAAGAAAUUGCGAUGGAAUUGUGAUUUUGGAACUGCCGAUCGCAUUUGCAACUUUAAUCGACACUAUGCCGAAUUUGCCGGAUAUUGGCAAACCACCGACUUUCUCAAGAGUCUCGCGGAAGAAGAGAAACCCAUUCAAUUUUACGACUCGGUCACGGGCGCGCAGUUGUUUACGGCACCCGUGGGACGAACUAUGGAAGACUUCUUGGUCGAAUCGCAAAAACACGGAUGGCCUUCGUUCCGUGACGAAGAGGUCAACUGGGAUUACGUGCGAUGCCUCAAGGAUGGGGAAUGCGUCUCGACCACUGGAACACACCUUGGUCACAACCUCCCUGAUAAAACUGGAAACAGAUACUGCAUCAACCUCGUCAGUGUGGCAGGACAACCAGAAGAGUAAAUGAUGAAUUCUUUCUUCAUCCACCUACCUUCAUCUUAUUAUUGGACAUAGCCUAGAGUCGACAAUUUGCUGAAAGUACUACUAGCCAGCUAGUUAGUCUAAAGGUACUAUAACAAUCCAAUCCUCCCCUCUCUGCACGGUACGAUGCACCAUUAGCAGGGCUCAGGUCCAUUAUUAUUGCUUUCUGGCCUUGGUUCAAGAUAGCAUAGCAGGCCUGUGGAAGUCCAGUCAGGCACCCAUACAGCUCCACAGCUAUGAUACAUGCAGUUGAAGGUGUCAAUAUCCACCGUGCAUCUGUGCCAACCAAAUCAAUCCAGAUUUCCUGAGGUCCCGAUUGGGCUUGGCGACUCUAUCCUUUCGCAGUCGUCUACGCACG